AUGGGCGAUGGGGAGGUGUCACCGGGGACACCCUCUUCGCUGCCCCCAACGCCCCCCGUGCCUGACCCCGACCUGCAGACCCCUCACCGGGCUCUCGCUCUGGAGGACGGCAUGUACCUGCCGCACUCAUCGCCAGUGCCGCGGGUCGUGCCCUCUCCAUCGCCGAGAAAGCCACCGUCCAGCAGAAGGGCUUUGUUCGACCCGGACCCCAGGGAAAGCCCACUCACAGCUGUCUAUGAGCCGGAUAGAAACGUGCUGCGAAGGAAAGAAUGGGAAAGGAGAAAUCAGGAGGCCCAGCAGGAGGAUGGCGCGUUUAACACGAGUUACUCCCUCUUCAGUGAACCGUACAAGACUAACAAGGGGGAUGAGCUCUCGAAUCGCAUCCAGAAUACGCUGGGCAACUAUGAUGAAAUGAAGGACUUGUUAACUGACCGAUCAAACCAGAGCCACCUUGUUGGGGUUCCAAAACCUGGGGUUCCUCAGACGUCUCUCCCCAAGCUGGAUGAACAUCUUAUUGCAGACUCGAGACCGCCGCCUCCUCCUCCCAUUUCCGGCACUACUUCUUCCACACCAGCAGCCCUAUCUGCCCAGCAGAGCAAAAGCACCACGAUGGGUUGGCAGAAGGCCGGGCACAAUGCUGCUUCGGAUGGCCAGCAGAGAGCGAGCAAGCAUGGCUCACUGAGGGCCACACUAGGAGACAAUGUCAACAGAGUGCAGCAGCCGGCAAAGCUCAAUUGUAGCUCGGAAGGAGGAGCUCAAGCGCAAGAGAGGCCAGCAAAGCAUGGUGGCGGGCACUGCGUCCAAAACUUCCCGCCCUCUCUUGCUUCGAAGCCCAACACAACUUCUUCUGUUGCUGGGGUGCAUGUAAGGCCAAUGGACGGUCAAGACCAGGCUCCUGAUGAGUCUCCAAAGCUGAAGUUACCAGCAGAGACGACCAAGUCGUAUAGGGGAGUGCCUUCUAACAAGCCUGAUUCGGCCAGGACCAAGUCAAAGAUAGCCAAGUUCAGCAUUCCUAAGCAAGAAGAGGACAGUGGAACAGGAGAUAACAGCUGCAUUGAAGAAAUAUUGCGGGAGAUGACCCAUUCAUGGCCUCCACCACUGUCAGCUAUUCACACACCAGGAAAGGCAGAACAAAGCAAGUUUCCCUUCCCAAACAAGGAGUCACAACAAGGAUCUACAGGACACAGCAAUACAAGGAAAAGUGAUGUAGAGCCAAAGAGUCCAGAGAAAAGCGCAACCCAUACAUCAAUGCUAGAAGAUGACCUCAAGUUAAGCAGCGAUGAAGAAGAGAAUGACCAGCAGGCAGCACAGAGAUCUGCUCUCCGCGUUCUAUCUGACAGCCUGGUGGUGCCGCAGUCCAACGCCCGAGCCUCGGGAGUCUCCAGCAAGGGGUCAAGCAGCAGCAGCUCCAGUGAAUCCGAGACCAGCUCAGAGUCUGACUCAGAGAGCGAAAGCAGCUCCAGCGAGAGUGACGGCAGCAAGCCCUCGCAUUACUCCAGCCCAGAGCCCGAGCCGCCCUCAUCCAACAAGUGGCAGCUGGACAAGUGGCUGAAUAAAGUCACCCCGCACAAAGCACCCAUCCUGACCCACCAUGACGGCCCGGCGCUGGAGGCCCAUCCCUACUACGGCCGUGUGAAGGGGGAGCGGCAGGAAACGGCGGCUGGGGCCGAGCCGCACACCAAGGACACGGGGACCGGCACCGCCAGCAAACCCCACAGCGGCUGCAGUGCCUUUGGCUCCAUUAAUGCCAGGACUAGUAGUGAAAUAGCAAAGGAGCUGGAGGAACAGUUUUACACCCUGGUUCCUUUCGGUAGGAAUGAGCUCCUGUCUCCUCUGAAAGACAGUGAUGAGGUAAAGUCACUGUGGGUCAACAUUGACUUGGCUCUUUUGUCCAGGAUUCCAGAGCGUUUGCCCGAAGAGCCACUGGCCAUGAGCGCCGGAGCAAACCAAGCGGCCAGCCUCCCGCAGAGUAGUAGUGCUGACCCCCCUGCAGAGAAGGGUUUACCAAAAUCUAGAAGGAAACGCAAGUGUGAGAAUGAGGAAGAGUGCAGAGACAUCAAGAAGACUCAUUUAGAGAGAGAGGGUUCUUCACGAUUAACUGCCUCUGCCCAUAGCAUCACAACAGCAAAUCACUGCAAUGUGAAUGAAAAUAGCUUGGCAAUACCAAUAAAUAAAAAUGAGAAAAUGCUUCGGUCACCCGUCUCUCCCCUCUCUGAUGCAUCAAAACACAAAUACUCCAACGAUGAUUUAACUUCCUCCAGCAGACCUAAUGGCAGCAGUCUAUUACCUUCCAUCUCCUCCAGCAAAAAACAUAAGGGUGAAAUCCAGUCACAGCCACAUCCCGGAGACUUCAAUAAAGCAAUUCACAUGAAUUCAGAAAAUGUUCUUCUCUGCAAUAAGCCCCAGUCCCAAACAGAGCCUUGGUCACCUCUGUCCAGCACACCCAGGGACUGCAGAAGGACAAAGCUUAUCUUCGAUGAUAUGCCACACAAUGCAGAUUACUUUAUGCAGGAAGCUAAACGGAAGAAGCAUAAAGCAGAUGCAAUGGUGGAAAAGUUUGGAAAGGCACUGAAUUAUGCAGAAGCAGCACUAUCGUUUAUUGAGUGUGGAAAUGCAAUGGAACAAGGCCCAAUGGAAUCUAAAUCCCCCUAUACAAUGUAUUCAGAAACAGUUGAACUCAUCAGGUACGCAGUGAGACUAAAAACCCACUCAGGCCCCAACGCCACGCCAGAAGACAAACAGCUGGCAGCAUUAUGUUACCGCUGCCUGGCCCUUCUGUACUGGAGGAUGUUCCGACUCAAGAGAGACCAUGCGGUCAAGUAUUCGAAAGCGCUUAUUGAGUAUUUCAAGAAUUCAUCAAAAGCUGCUCAGAACCCAUCUCCUUGGGGUGCCAGUGGAAAGAGCACAGGAACUCCAUCACCCAUGUCCCCUAGCCCUUCUCCAGUCAGCUCUGUAGGAUCCCAGGGGAGCACAGGGGCCCCUUCCCCAUCUCCUAUCAUCAGCAUCCCGCAGCGCAUUCAUCAGAUGGCUGCCAACCACGUCAGCAUCACCAACAGCAUCCUGCACAGCUAUGACUACUGGGAGAUGGCUGACAACCUGGCCAAGGAAAACAGAGAUUUUUUUAACGACUUGGAUGCAUUGAUGGGACCUAUCACCUUGCACAGCAGUAUGGAGCAUUUAGUUCAGUACACUCAACAAGGACUUCACUGGGUGCGGAAUAGCGCUCACUUGUCAUAA